CCAAGCAAUUUUCCGGUGUACAGCUCUGAAUAGCUUGGAAAAUACACAUAAUUAUUUCCAUAAACCCGUGAGGUGGCAUCGCGACAGCGGCUAACACAAUCAGAUAUUGCGAAAUGAUCUUCCUUCAAGUGGCUGGUCUGUAUCUGUUCACACUACUUGUCACGAUACCCGGAUGUACUUCCACGAAAAUGCAUUUCCUCGGUCACAUGAUCAAGGAAAUGGAAGAUGAAUAUCGAAGAUCAUGUAUCACUGAAGAUCACCAAUCAAUGCUGGAUCUCUGCAGAUCAACAGGAGGUGACACUCUCGGGCUAGCCACUCGCAUACAACGAGUGCCUCAGUAUUCUGUCUGCACUCUCAAGAAACGCGUUGAUAGAUGUGCCUGGUGCUUAAAUGGGACAUGGAAUCUUGCAUCAUGUGAAAAGGGCAGAAGAAGGAAGAAAAGAUCGUUUUGGUUCCUGGAUGAUUCCAUCAGCGAUUGUUCCUUGUUUUGUCAGAGGCGACAACCAGGGCUUCUCGGGUUUAUCUCUCCGACAUUUUCAAGCUGCACAUCGCCAAAGACGCCAUUUUAUGUGAAAGGAGGACGGACAACCACUCGCGUCACGUGGACAGUACCUGUAGCACAUGAUGGUCAAGGAAAGAGUGUCAG